UAUACAAAUAAAGCUGAAUUGAAUUGAAUUGAAACCGGAGCACCUGGAGGAAACCCACGCCAACACGGGGAUGCAACAUGCACGUAAGGUCAAGGUUGUGUAUUUUGACCGUAAUUAAGGCUGAUCGGUGGUCGAUUAGUGUUUGAGUGCUGUGUUUGUGGAGGGCCUCGGCUUGACUUCCUUCAUUAGUUCAGACAGGUGUGUGUUCAGAGGUGUGUUUCUCAUUAGGAUGGCGUCUGCCUUCAUAAAUAUGAGGAUGUUUAACUGACUUCUGCACAGAACUGGCAAACGCAGCCCACAGAAGGACUUUAUAUUGCAGAGCAUUGAUCAGCUUGUUUCUGUAGUUCUGUUUAGCAGGAAUAAACCCCGUUAUACAUCAAGCCCAGCUCUCUCUCUCUCUGUCUGCUGAUGAUGAUAGAUAUUGCUGGAUGUCUCCAUAUAGAUGACUGAUCUGAUCAGGUGUAUCAGACCCUUCACAGCGAGACUGACAGCACAUGUACAUGAGUUUAGACGUGAGUGAUCGGUGUUCAGAGUCUCAGGUGAUGGCGGUGCCGUGUCCUCGAUUAAUGAAUGGCUCCUUUUUCUGCGCCAUUCCUGUGUGAACUCCUUCAUUUCGUCACCUAUCCUCCUUCGGUUUGGGCUUAUCGUCUUUGCGACUGUGUAACCGCACGAUAGAAUUCAUUGUGUUUUCCUCAAUUCCACCUUUUUUCUCCUCCUCCUUUCCAACACCAUCCGUUCGCUCUACAUGAAAACAGUGUAAAGUAUUCCAAGGCCAAGCCUGGCCAGCGUAGAUAAAUCGCAGCUUUCCCAGGCCGCCACAGACAACAUCCACCGCUGCAGUCCGAGCUCCUCCAGCGAACGCUCCUGAAUCCACAGACAUGCUGCUGCGCCUCGUCCUGCUGCUGCUGGCCUUCCCUUUGGGGGAGAUGUUUGUGCUCCAUCCGUCACCUGAGGACCAGAGCCACAGAGAGCAGGAGAUCAAGAAGAUCAUCCUGAAAUCUCUGCACCUCCCGAAGGAGCCGAGCAACUCCCUGUCCCAGCUGGAGCAUCUGCGGGAGUCAUUGAAAAACAGCAUCCACUCACCGCCAGGUAACUCCAGCUUGCCGGAGGACUCUGGAAACUCCAGCUGCUGCAGACGCUCCUCUCAGGUGUUGAUGAAAGAUCUGGGCUGGGACGGCUGGGUGGUUCUCCCGGAGAGCGUGGCCUUCGUCCAGUGCGUGUCCUGCGGCUCCGGCACGUCUGUGCAGUGCUGCAAACCCACCGCGCACCACAUCGUGCCGUUCGUCUACAUGGACGCGAGCGGUCUGGUUCUGUCUACGGUGAGGCUGCCCCGCGACUGUGGCUGCGACCUAGCGGAGGACACACUCGACCCCGCAGCCAUGAGCCCUCCGUGAUCAAACACACACAUAACACACUCACACACACACACACACACACAGCGUAGAGAAACACUGCUGUAGCACACACACACACACACACACAUGUAGUCUUCAUUUUUGCUGCUGUUCGGAGCUCAGGCUCCUGUGGACUUUAAGUAUGGUGGAAACAUGUUCAGUUCCCAGAAGGCCGAGCGCUCAGUCUGGCCUGUUUUUCUCCAACUCCUCUUUCACAGAAAUACACAAUGGAGCUUCUGUUAGCGAUCCGCUCAAGGCCAGACCUGUUUUAGCUGCGGGUUUGGCUCUGGCAGAGCUUCAGCGCCGCUCCGCGAAAACAUGUUAUGGAUCCGCUCUGCCAGAACUCCACCAAAGCCAUCCUGGGCUGCGUCUCAAAUAUCCCUCUGCGAGAGCUGUCCUCAUUCCUCAAUGUGAGCGUUAGCCGCUAGCGUGUCUGUGGCCGCCGGUGGAGCAGAGGCAUGAUGGGAACUUUCCAACACAAACUAGCCGUAGUUCAGCAUCACUGGCCUCUGUUUAAUCUGUGUGUGUGUGUGUGUGUGUGUGUUUCCAUUUACACAACUGUACUACACACCCCUGCAUCAUGUCAUGUCAGAGCUAAUGUUUCCAUGUUCAGCCAGAAAAUAACAAGGUGUUUGCUUGAUCUCAGUGUACCUGCAGACCGCUUCAUUAAACAAGCUAUCAUGAAGACACGCGACUGCUUAUUCCAGCUCACAGGUCACUCCUGCUGUCACGAGUGUGUGUGUGUGUGUGUGUCUGCGUGUGUGUGUGUGUGUGUGUGUAUGUGUGUGUGUGUGUGUGUGUGUGACUGUGUGUGAUUGUGUUUGUGAGUGUGUCUUUGUGAGUGUGUGUGUGAUUUUUUGGCAGCUUCUGCAGGGAGAUUUAUCAGCAUGAACCUGCAUGAACUCAUUCCUCAUUGGGUAAUGGUGUGUGUGUGCGUGUGUGUGUGUGUGUGCGUGUGUGUGUGUGGCCGCAGGUUACAUGCAGAGCAUUCCUGACAUGAGCCGAUUAUUUUGGGAGUUUGUUGGCACACAGUGUCUGCCAGUGUGUGUGUGUGUGUGUGUGUGUGUGUGUGUGUUCCUCCAAGGCUGUUGCGCACUCAGUAAAGCCUCUCUCUUUCUGUGCGAGUGUGUGUGUGUGACCCUUAGAGCUGAUGGGCUCCGCUGAGCCUCGACAUUAAUCAGACAACAGCAGCGACCGACAGCAUGGUGUGUGUGUGUUUGCCCUGUGUGCGCUGGGCACCGCUGCUGGCGCUGCUGGUGUGUGUGUUUGCUCAGGACAGCAGCCGGGAGUGUUUGGACAAGGACGAGCUCAUUGCUGAAAUGCCCAGCACUGUGGACCUCCCGACGGAGUGUGUGCUGACCUGCACCGCGCUCACGUACCGGCAGAUCCUGGACACACAGCGCAGGGUCACGGUGCGCUUCAGGGACUCGCGGCCCGGUGAAGACAGAGACGAGUUCUGCUGGCUUAUCAGCAGCAGAUGCAGCACGUGGGAUGAAGUGUUGGUUUUACUGUCUCUCAGCCAAUCAGACGCGGCGACCGAAGCCAGGAUUCGUCUUCAGACCGACUCCCUGAUCCUCGUGGAGCCGCAAGACUCUCCGUCCGUCCUGCCUGAUGACUGCGGCCUGCGGUUCGACGUCACCGCGCAACUGCAAGGCCUGCGACAGCACACGCUCUGCGUCAGGCCGCACGGCAUCAUGGGAAACCAGCUGCAGUGUCCGCCGGCUCUGGUCUUCGUAAAGCAGAAACAGAAAGAGAGUCGCUCCUGAUCCAGACCACGAACAUUACGACACGCAGCGCUGAACCCUUCCUGGUGAUGGAAAACGCAACUCAUUUCAAGUUUCUGAAUGUUUCAGUAAUAUGUAAAUAAUAAUCUAUAUUUCCAUUUGAAUAUACUUAAUGUAAUUUACAUUAUAAUCGUUCUAUUAUAGCAAACUGAUAAAUCUCUAGAAUACAGUGCACUCGCAUCUUUUACUCUGUAAUAAAGAUUUCCUAUAUAGAUACAGAUAUAUAUAACCUUAUUAUAUGUACCCAUAUUCAGCUAUUUUGUUAAUAAAAUUAUGGAAGCUCAGUG